AUGAACCAACUCCCUACAGAGCUUCGUGCUCAAAUAUGCUCUAUCCUUCGAGACGACAACGAGAUCUACACACUUCGCAACAUCGCCCUUACUUGCCGCGCCUUCGAAGAGCCAGCCUUGGAUAGCCUGUGGUCCGUCUUGCCCAAUGGCUUUUCACGGUUAUUUCGCUGCGUUACGUAUACCUGCGUGGCGAAAGAAGUAAAGAAAGGAGCGGUGCUUGAAGAAUUGGACGAGGAAAUGAUUUCGGAUGCCCUAUGGCCUCGAUUCUUUCAACAUGCCCGGCGCGUAAGGGUUCUCGCUUUCUGUGAUGACUACCCUCCAGCAGGGCGAGACGACGGCUAUCACUGGUCGGAGAGCAGCAUGCUCCGCCUCUUCAAGCAGAAAUUUCCAGGCAAUUUAAUUCUCCCCAACUUACAGGGAUUUAUCUCGGAUGGUUGGGCAGGGGGAGACACUGAUAGUGAACUGGUUAGCUGGGUCAUAGUCCCCAGCAUUCAGAAAUUGCGCAUCACCCGCAGCUGUACUACCAUUGGCACCGAUUCCCAUUAUUUUCUCUCUGCUUUGCUGCAGAAACCGUGGAAGGGGUUGACUUCUCUCCAUCUCUACAUCCCGUGCGAGGACUGUCCAGCAACUAGCUGCCUGGCGAACGCGCUUGUUUGUGCCGUCCCACCGCUCCAAACCCUCUGUGUUGCUGGAUGGACGAUCAGUGCAGACACGUUGUCGUACGUCGCUAGCUGGCCGGCACUCCAAGAGCUACUUAUCGACAAACUCGAUCCCAUCGAGAACGAGCUUUCCCGAAGAAGCUUCCACAACGUUCGCAAACUCACCAUCCAGCGAUCGCCGCUUCGCAGUGCCCUCGCAGUCAUAGCUGCCCUUUCUGGAAGUCCUGUGUGGAGUCUCACUGUCAACGUGGACUCUCCGUUCUCCGGGCCUGAAUUCCGUGCAUUAGCCAACCUCGUAAAUACCUCCUGCAGUAGUGACCAUCUUCAAUACCUCAAAAUCACGGAUCACCCCAGAGGAAACGGUUGGCUAGAUCCUUCGACUCCAACAUUGCUUCUUGACCCGCUGUUUUCCUUCUCCAAGCUUGUUGCGGUCUACAUUUCCGUAAAGCCAACCAUACUCCUGAAUCACCGCACCCUCGCGAGUAUAGCCUCUUCCUGGCCCAAUUUGUGGCUGUUGAAGAUUACCAAUCCUCGCAGGACACGAGCGAUGUCAAAUCUUCAUGAUUUGCUCCUCCUCGCUAAGCACUGUCGCGAUCUCAAAUAUCUAGACAUCGGGACUCUCAGCUCAUCGUGCGUUCGGGAGUCGCGCGGGGCGGUCCCCCUAAGGACGGCUCCACACCAGAACCUUCAGACCCUUUGUCUGAACUCAACGACCGCCUACGAUGUCGACUUCGUAGCAAAGUACCUUUAUUCAGUGUUCCCUCGCCUUCGCGGCUUGAUCCCAUUGUGCGAGGGAUCUCAAUGGGAUGAGGUAUCUUGGACCGCGAUGGAAAGGGAACUAGGGCUUGCAUGA